UCCUUCACAGAUUAAAGAGGAACAGGAGGUACUCUGCACCAGUCAGGAGGGAGAGCAGCUUGUACUGAAGCAGAAGACUGAGACCUUUAUGUUGACUCCUACUCAUGAGGAAGGUGACCACAGUGAAGAUCAGACUCUUUACUUGAAUGCUGCAGAGAAACAGUCUGUUGUCAACAUGCCUGUUAUAACCUCUGUGGUAUCGAUAGAAAACAGUGACCACCAGCUCUUCUUUCACAUCUCUGAUGAAGCUGAGAGCCAAGAUCAGAGAGGAGGCGAGCAAGGAGACUCAGGAUCAACUAGAGAUGCAGAGCCAAAAUCACAGAAAAGACAUCGCAAAAGCAGAAGUCACAGUAACAAUGUAAACAACUCUAACUUGUUAGAGAUUCACCGUACCACUAACACAGAGCUCCCACAGCAACAUGUCUGUAAGGAGGAGGAGGUUCCCGUUGACCAGCAGCUCUGUAUUCAGGAGAUGAACUCCAGUCUGGACCAAGAGGACCCAGAUCCUCCACAGAUUAAAGAGGAACAGGAGGAACUCUGCACCAGUCAGGAGGGAGAGCAGCUUGUACUGAAGCAGGAGACUGAGACCUUUAUGUUGACUCCUACUCAUGAGGAAGGUGACCACAGUGAAGAUCAGACUCUUUACUUGAAUGCUGCAGAGAAAGAGUCUGUUGUCAACAUGCCAGUUAUAACCUCUGUGGUAUCGGUACCAAACAGUGACCACCAGCUCUUCUCUCACAUCUCUCAUGAAGCUGAGAGCCAAGAUCAGAGAGGAAGCGAGCAUGGAGACUCAGGAUCAACUAGAGAUGCAGAGCCGAAAUCACAGAAAAGACUUCCCAAAAGCAGAAGUCACAGUAACAAUGUAAACAACUCUAACUUGUUAGAGAUUCACCGUACCACUAACACAGAGCUCCCACAGCAACAUGUCUGUAAGGAGGAGGAGGUUCCCGUUGACCAGCAGCUCUGUAUUCAGGAGAGGAACUCCGGUCUGGACCAAGAGGACCCAGAUCCUCCACAGAUUAAAGAUGAACAGGAGGAACUCUGCACCAGUCAGGAGGGAGAGCAGCUUGUACUGAAGCAGGAGACUGAGACCUUUAUGUUGACUCCUACUCAUGAGGAAGCUGACCACAGUGAAGUUCAGACUCUUUACUUGAAUGCUGCAGAGAAAGAGUCUGUUGUCAACAUGCCAGUUAUAACCUCUGUGGUAUCGGUACCAAACAGUGACCACCAGCUCUUCUCUCACAUCUCUCGUGAAGCUGAGAGCCAAGAUCAGAGAGGAGGCGAGCAUGGAGACUCAGGAUCAACUAGAGAUGCAGAGCCAAAAUCACAGAAAAGACAUUGCAAAAGCAGAAGUCACAGUAACAAUGGAAACAACUCUAACUUGUUAGAGAUUCACCGUACCACUAACACAGAGCUCCCACAGCAACAUGUCUGUAAGGAGGAGGAGGUUCCUGUUGACCAGCAGCUCUAUAUUCAGGAGAGGAACUCCAGUCUGGACCAAGAGGACCCAGAUCCUCCACAGAUUAAAGAGGAACAGGAGGAACUCUGCACCAGUCAGGAGGGAGAGCAGCUUGAACUGAAGCAGGAGACUGAUUCCUUUAUGUUGACUCCUACUCAUGAGGAAGGUGACCACAGUGAAGAUCAGACUCUUUACUUGAAUGCUGCAGAGAAACAGUCUGUUGUCAACAUGCCAGUUAUAAGCUCUAUGGUAUCGGUACCAAACAGUGACCACCAGCUCUUCUCUCACAUCUCUCAUGAAGCUGAGAGCCAAGAUCAGAGAGGAGGCGAGCAUGGAGACUCAGGAUCAACUAGAGAUGCAGAGCCAAAAUCACAGAAAAGACAUCGCAAAAGCAGAAGUCACAGUAACAAUGUAAACAACUCUAACUUGUUAGAGAUUCACCGUACCACUGACACAGAGCUCCCACAGCAACAUGUCUGUAAGGAGGAGGAGGUUCCUGUUGACCAGCAGCUCUGUAUUCAGGAGAGGAACUCCAGUCUGGACCAAGAGGACCCAGAUCCUCCACAGAUUAAAGAGGAACAGGAGGUACUCUGCACCAGUCAGGAGGGAGAGCAGCUUGAACUGAAGCAGGAGACUCAUUCCUUUAUGUUGACUCCUACUCACGAGGAAGCUGACCACAGUGAAGAUCAGACUCUUUACUUGAAUGCUGCAGAGAAAGAGUCUGUUGUCAACAUGCCAGUUAUAACCUCUGUGGUAUCGGUAGCAAACAGUGACCACCAGCUCUUCUCUCACAUCUCUCAUGAAGCUGAGAGCCAAGAUCAGAGAGGAGGCGAGCAUGGAGACUCAGGAUCAACUAGAGAUGCAGAGCCGAAAUCACAGAAAAAACAUCGCAAAAGCAGAAGUCACAGUAACAAUGUAAACAACUCUAACUUGUUAGAGAUUCACCGUGCCACUAACACAGAGCUCCCACAGCAACAUGUCUGUAAGGAUGAGGAGGUUCCCGUUGACCAGCAGCUCUGUAUUCAGGAGAGGAACUCCGGUCUGGACCAAGAGGACCCAGAUCCUCCACAGAUUAAAGAGGAACAGGAGGAACUCUGCACCAGUCAGGAGGGAGAGCAGCUUGUACUGAAGCAGGAGACUGAUUCCUUUAUGUUGACUCCUACUCAUGAGGAAGCUGACAACAGUGAAGUUCAGACUCUUUACUUGAAUGCUGCAGAGAAAGAGUCUGUUGUCAACAUGCCAGUUAUAACGUCUGUGGUAUCGGUACCAAACAGUGACCACCAGCUCUUCUCUCACAUCUCUCAUGAAGCUGAGAGCCAAGAUCAGAGAGGAGGCGAGCAUGGAGACUCAGGAUCAACUAGAGAUGCAGAGCCGAAAUCACAGAAAAAACAUCGCAAAAGCAGAAGUCACAGUAACAAUGUAAACAACUCUAACUUGUUACAGAUUCACCGUGCCACUAACACAGGUAAACAGUCUUUCAAAUGUGACACAUGUGGGAAAGAAUUUAAGUUUAAGUUCAAAUUGCAGAGACACAUGAGAACCCACACAGGUGAGAAGCCGUUCGUUUGCAAAACAUGUGGGAAAAGAUUCAGUCACAAAACAUCAUUGAAGAUUCAUAUUAGAACCCACACAGGUGAGAAGCCGUUUACUUGUAAAACAUGUGGAAAAGGUUUCAUACAAACUAGUCAAUUGACAGUCCACAUGAGAACCCAUACAGGUGAGAAGCCGUAUUCUUGCAAAACAUGUGAGAAAAAAUUCAGUCGGUCAUCAGCAUUGAAGACUCAUAUACGAACCCACACAGGUGAGAAGUCAUUUACUUGUAAAACAUGUGGGAAAGCUUUCAUACAAAGUUUUGAAUUGACAGUCCACAUGAGAGUCCAUACAGGCGAGAAGCCAUAUUCUUGCGAAACAUGUGGGAAAACAUUCAGUCAGACUUCAUCAUUGAAGAGUCAUAUAAGAACCCACAUUGGUGAGAAGCCAUAUUCUUGCAAAACAUGUGGAAAAGAUUUCGGACGUAACAAUAGCUUGUUGGUCCACAUGAGAAUGCACACAGGUGAGAGGCCGUUUACUUGUAAAACAUGUGGGAAAGAUUUCAGACUUAAUGGUGAAUUGACAGUUCACAUGAGAACUCACACAGGUGAGAAGCCGUAUUUUUGCAAAAUAUGUGAGAAAACAUUCACUCAGGCAUCAUCAUUGAAGAGUCAUAUUAGAACCCACACAGGUGAGAAGCCGUACAUUUGCAAAACAUGUGGAAAAGCUUUCAGACUGAAUGAUCAAUUGACAGUCCACAUGAGAACCCACACAGGCGAGAAGCCAUAUUCUUGCAAAACAUGUGAGAAAAUAUUCACUCAGGCAUCAUUAUUGAAGAGUCAUAUGAGAACCCACACAGGUGAGAAGCCGUUUACUUGUAAAACAUGUGGGAAAGAUUUCGGAUGUAAUAGUAACUUGAUGGUCCACAUUAGAAGAAUCCACACUGGUGAGAAGCCGUAACUUCGUAAGACCAGUGGGGAAAGAUUCUUUGUAGUGUUUAAAUUGAAAAGGCAUAUACGAGUGAAUACAGACAAGUAGUUUUCUAUUUGAACCAACACAAGUCAGGAGCCACAUAAUUGCAACACUUUUGGAAAAAGAUUUUCUCAAAUCACAUUCUUGAGAAAACACCUGAGGGUCAAUAUACACAGGAGAAACCAUAGAGGUGAAACUCUUGUGGAGAGGUGUUCACUAACUGAAUGAAAUACACUUUUGCAAUAGCUACAUCUUUGUAACUGAAUGUAAAAUGUUUUCCACAAAAAUGAGAUGUCAAUAUGUUUAAUAUAAAGGUUCCCUUCAGAAGAAGAAGAAGUCCGAUUUUAUAUUUGAGAGUGACUGACUCACUGUUUUCUAUUACCAUAUAAAAAAUCCUAUUUAAUAUUAACAUGCCUUUUUUUUAUUCAUUUGUAUACACAACCUCACUUAUAUUUAUGGCCAAUUUUUUGGGCAUUUUUCAUUAAUAAAUGACAAUUAAACAAUUUGAAUUCUUCUU